AUGAAACCAUAAAAGAGCAUCAUCAAAGAACUGAAAACUUACUAACAGGAUCUUUACAAAACAGGAAGAGAAGGGAGAUAAUUUAGUAUCAAUGAUUUUCCGAAUCUUUCAAGAAAACCCGUAGAAUGGACUGAUUGUGAUUAGUUCAUUAAACUUCGGCAAAUGAAAUGUGAUAAGAAAUUAGCCAUCAGACUUUGUUAAUAACACAAGAUCCAUAGAUCUGAUUAACAAUUUUUUGAUACGUUACAUAAUGUGAAUAUGGAAAAUGCUGGUUAUAAGAAGAUCUAAAGCUCAACUUCUUUUCUAUUAAGAUAGAUUAGAUAAAAUCAAUUUAUUAAACAAAAAUAUAGAAUGGAAUUCUAAGAGACUCAAAUUGACAACAAAAUGUCUUCAAUUUUGGAUGAUUCGUUUUAGAAAUUUUAAAAAUCUUUAGAUAAACAUUUGGAAAUAGAUAAAGAUUAAUCACAUAAAUUUAAUUUAAAAUAUAUGACCAAAGCGGAAUUAUAUUCAAAGUUGUAGCAAUUAAAUGUAAUUCCCAAAUAAAAUCUAUCCAUGGAUCAUUUACCUUCUAGCAAUUCCACUAAUUGCUUAAAUUUGGUCAUCCCUUCAGCAAAUUCAUUACAUAUUUCCCAAACUGAACGUAAAUUCUCAAAACCCUUUCUUCCAUAUUCUGGUAUAAGUAAAAAUAGAGGUUCCAAUGUUAGCAUUAAACAACAGUUUACAAAAUUGUAAAAUAAUCAACUUAACAUUCCGUCAUUUAAGUUGAUCAAAUAAAAUAAGUUAGGCAGGGCAUCAUUCAAUCCUCAAGUCGAUGUUGCUAAAGGAAUUAAAAGCAUGCACCACAUUGGACAUUUAAAUGAUGUGCCAGAGUUAAAAAAAUAACAUAGAAGACACUUUACAAAUUAUGAUAUAAACAUAAUCAACUUUUAAUGA